AUGACAGAGCACUUGCAGCUUAUUAGGAAGAACGUGGAAGUAGCGCGUCCCGGCCCUUUCCGCGCUGGGGAGCUGGCUCUGGCGGAGGUGCGGCGGAAGCAUAACACGACGCUGAAGCUGCUGUGCCGACUGGCGGCGGGUUCGGUGUUGACCAGCCCCGGCGGCCUUCUGCCCCACCGCGACAUCAUCGGGCAGCUGCCGGGGCAGGUGCUGUGCACGUCGGCCGGGGCGCGGCUGCUGCUGAGGCGGCCCUCGUUGGAGGAGUACGUGCUGCUGAUGCCGCGGGGGCCCACCAUCGCCUACCCCAAGGAUAUAAGUGCUAUGUUAAUGAUGAUGGAUAUCCACCCGGGAGACACCGUCUUGGAAACCGGCAGCGGGUCUGGCGCUAUGAGCUUGUUUCUGUCAAGAGCAGUUGGGCCCAAAGGGCGUGUUAUAAGUUAUGAAAUCAGAGAUGAUCAUCAUAAUUUAGCUAAGAAGAAUUACAGGCACUGGCGUGCUGCAUGGGAAAUAGGACAUAUGGAAGAGUGGCCAGAUAACGUGGAUUUCAUUCUUAAAGACAUCGCUGCGGAUAUGAAAUCUAUAACGCUUGAUGCAAUAGUUCUGGAUAUGCUUAACCCUCAGUCUGCUCUGCCUGUCGUACACCCAAGUCUGAAACAGGGUGGUGUGUGUGCUGUGUAUUUAGCAAACAUCACACAGGUUAUUGACCUUUUAGACAGAAUACGGACCUGCAAGCUCCCUUUUUUGUGCGAAAGGAUCAUUGAGGUAACUCAUAGAAAUUGGUUGGUACUCCCUGCUAAAAUCAAGAAUUGCAAAUCAAGCCAAAUGGUGGAAACUCAAGAAAAUAUUGAAGAACCACCUCAAAAGGAAUAUGAAGAAAUCCACACUCAGGAUCGAGUGGUUCUUAAAGAAAGUGAAUACAAUGAAUCACUUUCUGAUGACGCUGAAACAUACUGCUCGGUGCCUUACGUUGCUAGACCAUCUUACUCGCAGGAUGCUCAUUCAGCAUUCCUUACCAAGCUGAGAAAGUUUCGACCGCUGUUUUCUUGAUGCUGCUGAGACCAUAGCUGCUAAUUUGAAUGUUGUAUCAGAAUAAAAUAAAAUGUUACAAAGUA